AUGUAGGCUAAAAAUUUGCAUGCAGCUCUAGGCAGAAAAUUUUCUGUGGCACCUUACAGAAACAGACAUUUAAAAGUUUUUUUCCUACAAUUUCCAGACAUCUUGUAAUUCCAGGAGUAAUUACAACCAUUGGAAUGUUGGUAUAAAUGAAAGUAGAGAUCUAGAAGAUUGGUCCGCGUCAGACUUUUGUUUUAUUCAGAGGUUUGGCUUCCUGCCCUCUGUUCAGGCAAUAAAUUGGCUGUAACAGAGCUCCUUCUAGCAUUCUGUUCAGUAGAUGUAUCCCAACAGAGACAAAAAUACACAAAAUAAGGACUCAAAAAGGAAGUCAACUGAGAUCAUCAGCAGCAGCAUUUCUUCAGUGCCUAUGCAAUGCUGCUCCGCUCAGGCCGUAUAAAGCCGUAUCAAAUGCCUCGCCAGAGAAGGCAGCCCGUGAAGAAGAAAUUUCUGCUUGAACGUAUGAGAACAGCUCCUGGAAAGCCAGUGUUUAGUCUGCGAAAAACAGUGAAAUGUUAUAUCCUAACCGAAGAUUCAAAAACCGUGCAUUUUGAUAUUGAUGAAGAUGGUCAUCAUGAAAUAUGUACCAAGGAUUCACAAUCCCAUGAAGAUAUUGCGUGGUUAAGUGUGUUCACAAGGAACGAAGCAGCAGUUACUGAUUCUAAAAAUUUGGUGAUCCUCACACAGAGAUCAAAGCUAAAUGAAUUUGUCCUGUUGUGCAAGGGUAAGAAGCAUCUCUCUCUGAAGGUCUUAAAAGCAUCCUGUUCAGAGCCAGAUUGUCCUUCAGUGGAGAGAUGCAAUAUGAAAACAUGCAACCAUGAAGAUCCUGACUUUAAACAGAAAUUAAUGUUGACUGCCAUGAUGCACAGAAGGCUGAUAGUUUUAUACUACACUGGACACAUAGCUGCUCAGAAUGUCAUCACAGUAAACCAAAAUCACAAUCACUUAUACCAAGUCAGUUAAGCAGCUGAAAGAACUGACUUACAUUACCUUUAGGAAGUGAUACCUUACUGUUUGUAUAAAAUACUUUAGACAAAUAUCUUAAAGAAAAUUCCAACCUAUUUAUUGCAAACUGACAAAUGGUUAUCCAGAACUAGCUAUUUUGAGCUGCUCGUAUUACUUGCAAAACAGAAUUUAAGACUUCCCUUAGUGUUUCUGUCCUUAUAGAUCAGGACAGACACAAAUUGUCCAUACUGACUUUAAAUAGCCCCCUAUUCAUCAUGUUGUCAGUUUUGGAUGUACUUCUUGGGUAUCUAAUUUUAGCACAUGAUGUGCAAUUAGCUUAAAUGUUUCACUCAUAGGUCUACACUUGAUACCACAUGUGCUAGGUAUUGAAUUGCUGUUGGAUUACUCCCACUUACCCUACCUGUCUAUUAAAAGUCUUUGUUUAACGAGAAAAUUUAGUGUUUUCCAGUAAACUGUUGGCGCAAGAAAGCCCUCUUUCUCAGAGGGCUAUUCUCUAUCCUGUCCCUACGAUAACCUGGGACAAGAAUGUUCCGAAUUUCCUGUGUAAAGAGGAGCAAAUGUGAACCAUUUAGAAAUGUCUUGCUCAUUGCUGUCGUGUGUUGCACACAGUUCAUUAAUCACUUCUAUGACAGAUAUUCCGGAAUAGAAAUAUUUCUAAGAAGAUAAAUCCUGCUUUCACCAAAAAAUACUUGAUGAAAUUUUAGUAUAACUUUCAAGGGGUAAAAUUACAAUCUCCUUUACAACUUUAUAAAAUGUAAAUGUUUAGAUAAGCAGGAUUUGUUGCUACAGCCAAGAAAGACCCAGAUACACAAAGAAUAGUAAGCACUUCUGAAGGCAUGUCAGCCAGAAGUGGAAGAGAAAGAAAAAGAAAAGGGAGUGUAACCCCCACCCAUGAUGAGCAAAGUAGUAGAAACAGAUUAGUAGAAGGCUCAACAAAUUGAAAUGCUCAACUAAUUUUUUGCCUCAGUCCUCUCUGUCAAUCGUUCUUCACAAACAUUAAGUGGAUGGACCACAAAGGAGAGAAUUGGGAAGGAAGGAAACCCGCACCUGCUGUAAGGAAGUAUCAGAUGCUUAUGACCACCUGAGGAACCUGAAGGUACAUAGGUCUCUGGGAUCACAGAAGAUGCAUCCCAGAGACCUGAAGAAACUGGCUGAUGUAGCAGCCAAACUAUUCUUUGUGAUACUUGAACAGUCGUGGCAGUCAGGUGAAGUCCUAGGCAACGGGGAAAAAAAGAGACAUUGCACCCAUUUUUAUAAAGGGUAGAAAGGAGGAUACUGGGAAAUACCAAUCUGUCAGCCUCAGCUCUGUGCCUGGGAAGAUCAUGGAAUAGAUCCUCCUAGAAGCUGUGCUAAGGCACAUGGAGGACAGGGAGGUGACUUGAGGAAAUCAGCACUGCUUCAACAAGGAUAAGGCUUGACAGAACAAUGGGUUGGUCUCUUACGAUGGAGCACCUCCAUCAGUGGAAAGGGAAGAGCUAAGUAUGAAAUGUGUCUGAACUUCUGUAAGGUCUUUUACAUGGUGCUUCUACAAUAGCCUUCUCUCUAAAGUGGAAAUACAUAGUUUGAUGGAUGGACUGCUCAUUCCAUAAGGAGCUGACUGGGGGAUGCCAUCAGUGAAAAGUGGUCCAUGUCCAAACGUACAUCAUGACAAGUGGCACACCUCAGGGGUCCUUACUGGGAUCACCACUGUUGCAUAUCUUUAUCCCUGACAUAGAUGAAGGAAUUGAGUGCAGUCUCAGCAAGUUUAUUGACAAAACCAAGCUGUGAGUGGUCGUGCUGGUUUUGAACUAAUUGGUGAGAAGGGAAGAAGCCACUCACGGAGAUAAUUUUCUAGGAGGGGUUUCUGAGAGCUUCCUCUGUGCCUAACGAAAACCAAUAGCUGGCUAGUUCUGAGAACUGACAAGUUGUUGAACCAUUUAGAAGUUGAGUCCACCUCUGUAAGAUUCACAUCUAAAGACAGGCAAGCCCAGGAAAUCUCUCUUUUACUUCCAGCUCUGAAGAGGUAACUGGGUGCCAGUCAGGCUGGCCCCACUCCACUGCAGCCCGAGCAGCCUGGUGGGGCCAGGCUGGACCCUGCAGUGGCCAGGCUGGGGGAGGGUCCAGCCAAGGCUGGGCUGGGUUGUGGCUGCUAACAUCUUGCUGACACUAAGCCUUGUGCUGCUGCUGGCCCGUGCCAAACUCGGGUCCACUGAGCCCCAGGAGUGGCUCUGGGCCAGGCCAGGCCCUCUCCACUGUGGCCCUAUGUGGCCCCAGCAGCUGCCAGGCAAAGAGAGGGAAGUCAUCAGCCCACAGCUGAAAUUGAAGGAGGCCAGAGACCAGCCAUGCGGCCAGAGCAGCUGCCACUGUUCUGGCUGGGCCCCCUGAGAUCUUGGCACAUCCCCAUCUGUGAAAUCCAUCACUGUGACUCCUUUGGCUACUGCCCAGCAGGAACUAUCAUGACCGUCCGCAGGUCUGGGUGAGAUAUUAACUCUUUCACUGCACAGAUGAAACUUGCAAAACAUUGAUUCUCUCUUGAGUGAGAGAAAAGGACAGAAUGAAGACUUGUAGAGGACAAAAUGAAGACACCAAGAUCAGUAAAGGAGUCAAGUCCCAGAUAGAAGGAGAAUGAAGAGAUGCCUUACUAUUGGGCUGAAAGUUCUUUUGGUAAGGCCAUGGAGCUGGACUAUGAUACACUAGGGACUAGAAUAUGCCCUUUAAUUCAUGAGAAAGUAUGGGUGGGUGGAGUGUUCAAACUGUAGACAUGAGCAGAGGCAUCCAUAACGAAGCAAAAUAGAUGUGGAAGUAGCUGUGAUCCCAUGAGAGGCUUGAACAGAGGCAGAGUGAUGUAGACCCUUUGCUCUCAGGGACAGAAGAAGACCUAUGUCCCCAGAGAUGAAGUUGAUCACAGUGAUAGAUGAAGAGAACCUUUGCUUUUGAACAACUCAUCCUUAAAAUAAUACUGCACAAGAUGAUAUGGCCCAUUAACUCAGGUGUGGAAAGGCUGUGGAAAUGGGAGGAACUUCAUGACUGCAGAUCUUCCAGGCAGCUGUUAUUCGUGGAAAUUAAAAGCCAUGAGAGAACUGUUUCUUCUGGAGAAGUCACCAUGGCAUGGUGAGAGAAAAUUCAUCUCCCUACAAGAAAUGAUGAAAGACUAUUGUAGAGGUGGUAACUGAUUGAAAAACCCCAGAUUUCAUCUCUAUGUUGUCAGCUGGGAAAGAAAAGAAGUCAGGCAGGGGGAGGCAAAGGGUUCUGAAGGUUUUA